AUGGAAACAGCUCCCAAGUCCUCCAGCCCUUUCUUCUUCAACCUAAUCUUUGUCUUGGUACUAAUCUCAUCAAAUCUUUUAACUUAUUUAAUCACCACAACAUCCUUCUUUUCUCCUACUCUCACUGCCACUACUGAAAAGACUCUAACCAUUACUACUCCGCCCACGAAGGAUGUACCCGAGGAAGAUUUAAUUCCACUUGAACCAUCGGUUGAGACAAAACCAACGCCCGAAAUCGAACUUGCAUCAGAGUUCCAGGCGCUUACAUCUCCUCAGAAACUUCCACUUGGAUUCAACCCGAAUUUCGGUGCAGAUUUCCUCUUACCACCAGUUGGCCGCCCCUGCUCCCAGUUUCCAGAUGAACUUAAUAUGUACAUGUCAUACAAAGUCAAUGGAUCCUGCCCGGACGACGAGCUUCUCGCCCAGAAGCUUCUCUUAAAGGGCUGUGAACCACUCCCAAGACGGCGUUGCCGGCCAGCUGCGGCGGAGGAAUACGCAGAACCUUUCCCUGUUCCAGAAAGCUAUUGGACAACACCACCUGAUUCCUCUGUUGUCUGGACCGCGUAUACUUGCAAGAAUUACACUUGUCUGGUUAACCGAAGGCGAAAUCAGAAAGCGUUUGAUGAUUGCAAAGAUUGCUUUGAUCUUCAAGGCCGAGAGAAAGACAGAUGGGUUGGACCAAGCAUAGAAGGCAGCCUUGAUUUCUCCGUUGAUGAAGUGCUGGCAGUGAAGAAGCCCGGAACCAUCAGAAUAGGCCUGGAUAUUGGGGGUGGUGUGGCUACAUUUGCUGUGAGGAUGAAAGAAAGGAACAUCACAAUAGUCACAACUUCCAUCAAUCUGAAUGGCCCUUUCAAUAACUUCAUAGCAUCAAGAGGGGUGAUUCCUCUGUACAUGACCAUUUCACAAAGAUUGCCCUUUUUUGAUAACACAUUGGAUAUUGUUCACUCAAUGCAUGUGUUGAGCAACUGGAUUCCCACCACAUUGAUGCAUUUCUUGUUCUUUGACAUCUAUAGGGUGCUUAGGCCUGGUGGGCUUUUCUGGCUUGACCAUUUCUUCUGUGUCGGUGAUCAGCUAGAACAAGUUUAUAUCCCCCUUAUAGAUAGCAUUGGGUUCACCAAAGUGAAGUGGGUUGUGGGGAAAAAGCUGGACAGAGGGCCGGAGUUGCGGGAGAUGUAUCUUUCAGCUUUGUUGGAGAAACCAUUGAAGAAUUCUUGGUGA